AUGAUUUUGAAGGGAUUAGGACCUCGGUCUCUUCCAAAUAGAACAUUGUCCAGUCAAUUGCAUGUUACUUGUGGCCGAUCCUUAGCAACAACUUUGUUCAGACCAUCAAAAGCUCAAGACUCCCAAGGUUGCCAAAAUUCCGAAUCCAAGCAAGAGGAAAUCAACCAGACAUCUAAGAACCCCUCGAACCAAGACAACAAGCGCCAUGCACUUCAACCGAAGGCCAAAACCGUCUCCCAAGCCGAUGCCGAGCUUCGCGAGCGGCUCGAACAAAUGUCUGGAGAAGGAGGAGCCUCUGGAAUUGAAUACGAAGACGGCAAAGCGAAUGCAAUGAAGCGCGGCGUGCGAAACAACAUGUUCCGAUUGAUUUGA